AUGCCAGUGCUGACGACCGGCAGGUUCGGUGCUUCGACCAAGGAAGACAACACAAUGAAGCGGAAGCACACGGAUCGAACAAAACCCGCGCCUGCAGCGUCUCGCCGCGGCAAUCCGCACGUUGGUCUUUGGGCAAAGCCGCGCGACCCAUCGCCGCGGGGGGCGGCCGACGACAACUUAAUGGAGUUUGCGUGGCAGACCCGACGGUUGAACUCGACCAAAACCAAGGCGUUGGCGCCGCCGCUUUCGUCUGCGCGACGGAGACGGACAGAGCCAGAGGAUGAAGACAUGCUUGGUAUCAUCGAGGCGUAUACAAAGAUGGUCCUGGAACGGACAGAGUGCAUCCAAGAGGUGGCACAGAAGCGCUUUCUCCCGCACUCCAAGAAACGACCUCCGACAGCCCAGCAACGCGUGUAUAUGCCGACCAGUCGCAUUCGACGUGCGGUGCAGUCUGCUGGCACACAGCGCCCGGUGUCUGCCCAGCCGUCCUUGAUGCGCAUUCGGGUACUCAACACCGUCCCCAACAUGGCUCCGCCCCCCGCGGAUUCUGUCCACCACACGCUCGCGCCAGCCAUCGACAAAGCUGCGACCACGUCGAUUCGACAUGGAGUACCACCGCGAGUGCUACCUCCUCGAUGCAUGUCUGCUACGCCUAGACGGAAAGUCGACGCCGCCAUGCCGCGGCCACAAAGCGCCCACCCUCGGUCGACCAGCACAGCGCCGACUGCCCCAUUCAACAAACCGACCGUCGAGUUGGCCGAGAACGGCAAGGUGAAGCUGACCGUCCACAUGGCCCAUAUCCGCAUGGAAAAUAACGACGAGGACGUCGACGAGGGAGACGAUGGUGGCGGCAAUGCGGACGGCUGA